AAGAAAUCCUCAAGCUACAUCAUCACCAACAGAUCUCGGUGAUGGAGAAAUCAGGCGUUCUCGCUUCCUCUGCUCUUCUAACAAGCAUAAAAUUAAUGAUGAUAAAAGUGUGUGUAAGAGGGAGAGAAAGAGUGGGAAAGCGGAAGCAGGUGCAUGCUUACAGAGCCGUGGGCAUUAAUGUUGUGUGUGUAUCUGUGUGUUUUUAAGAGCAGGGGGUGGGAAGUGAGCUUCGGGUUAACCUGAGGCACAAAUGGGGGGAGAGAACAGGCUGUGUGUGUGUGUGUGUGUGUGUGUGUUAUAGGAUGGAGAAGGGGUAUGUUACCUCCAAAAAAAGCCACCAGUGUCUUCCACACAUGUGAGGGGAGAAAUCCGGGUGUCAGUUCAUUAACAACGAACAUGGGAAAAGGGUCCGGACAUGAAAGCAGCCCUGAGGCUGCUCCAACGGGAGGAAAGAGAAAGAUGAAAGAUAAAGAUUUAGAUGAGCUGAAGAAAGAGGUGGCACUGGAUGAUCAUAAGCUGUCUCUAGAUGAGCUCAGUAUUCGUUAUGGAGUUGACCUUGCCAGAGGUCUGACCCAUAAGAGAGUGCAAGAAAUUCUGGCCCGUGACGGUCCAAAUGCACUGACCCCGCCACCCACCACACCAGAGUGGGUGAAGUUCUGUAAGCAGCUGUUCGGAGGAUUCUCAAUCCUGCUCUGGAUCGGUGCUAUCCUCUGCUUUUUUGCCUACAGUAUUCAGGCAGCCACUGUGGAUGAGCCUGUCAAUGACAAUCUGUAUCUGGGUGUGGUUCUGUCUGCUGUGGUCAUCAUAACCGGCUGCUUCUCAUAUUAUCAAGAAGCCAAAAGCUCCCGGAUCAUGGACUCGUUCAAAAACAUGGUGCCUCAGCAAGCUCUGGUGAUUCGUGAGGGAGAGAAACUUCAGAUCAAUGCAGAAGAGGUGGUUCAGGGAGACCUGGUGGAGAUCAAGGGUGGAGACAGAGUCCCAGCAGACCUUCGGAUCAUCUCCUCCAGCGGCUGCAAGGUGGACAACUCAUCUCUCACCGGAGAGUCAGAACCUCAGACCCGUUCUCCAGAGUUAACUCAUGAAAACCCUCUGGAGACCAGAAACAUCAGCUUCUUCUCCACCAACUGCGUUGAAGGUACAGCCCAUGGCAUAGUGAUCGCUACAGGAGAUCGUACAGUGAUGGGCCGCAUCGCGACUUUGGCGUCUGGUCUGGAAGUGGGUCAGACGCCCAUCAACAUGGAAAUCGAGCACUUCAUUCAUAUCAUCACAAGUGUGGCCAUUUUCCUGGGUGUGUCCUUCUUCAUCCUGUCACUCAUUCUGGGCUACACCUGGUUGGAGGCCGUCAUCUUCCUCAUUGGUAUUAUUGUUGCCAAUGUUCCUGAGGGCCUAUUGGCUACUGUCACGGUAUGUUUGACUCUGACUGCUAAGCGCAUGGCUCGCAAAAACUGUCUGGUGAAGAAUCUAGAAGCCGUGGAGACUCUGGGUUCCACCUCCACCAUCUGCUCAGAUAAAACUGGAACCUUAACUCAGAACCGGAUGACUGUCGCUCACAUGUGGUUUGACAACCAGAUCCACGAGGCUGACACCACCGAGGACCAAUCAGGCUGUUGCUUUGAUAAAAGCUCUCCCACAUGGUUCUCUCUGUCUCGAGUGGCAGGACUUUGUAACCGUGCUGUCUUCAAACCUGGACAAGAGAACAUUCCUGUGCGCAAGAGGGACACAGCUGGUGACGCAUCAGAGUCUGCUCUGUUGAAGUGUGUCGAGCUCUCGUCCGGCUGUGUUCAGACUCUCAGAGACAACAACCGAAAAGUGGCAGAAAUCCCAUUCAACUCAACUAACAAAUACCAGCUGUCUAUUCACGAGAUAGAAGACAGUCCCACUGGACACAUCCUGGUGAUGAAAGGAGCCCCAGAGAGGAUUCUGGACAGGUGCAGUACCAUAAUGUUCAAUGGAGAGGAAAUGCCAAUGGACGAGGACUGGCUGGACGCCUUUCAGGGAGCAUACAUGGAGCUGGGCGGACUGGGCGAGAGGGUUCUGGGGUUCUGCCACCUGUUCCUCUCUCCCUCACAGUUUCCGAGGGGGUUUGAGUUUGACUGUGAUGAUGUGAAUUUCCCGGUCAACCAGCUUUGUUUCUUGGGCUUAAUCUCCAUGAUCGAUCCACCUCGUGCCGCAGUGCCAGAUGCUGUAGGGAAAUGCCGCUCCGCUGGCAUUAAGGUUAUCAUGGUAACGGGUGACCAUCCUAUAACUGCCAAGGCCAUUGCUAAAGGUGUGGGCAUCAUCUCUGAGGGCAACGAGACAGUGGAGGAUAUCGCUGAAAGACUUAAUAUACCUCUGAGUGAAGUCAAUCCACGAGACGCAAAGGCCUGUGUGAUUCAUGGUUCAGACUUGAAGGACAUGAGCUCCGAGUAUCUGGAUGAUAUUCUGAGGAACCACACAGAGAUUGUGUUUGCUCGCACUUCACCUCAACAAAAACUCAUCAUCGUGGAGGGCUGCCAGAGACAGGGUGCCAUAGUGGCAGUGACAGGUGAUGGGGUGAAUGACUCCCCUGCUCUGAAGAAGGCUGACAUUGGCGUUGCCAUGGGAAUCUCUGGCUCAGACGUCUCCAAGCAAGCUGCUGACAUGAUCCUGCUGGACGACAACUUUGCCUCAAUUGUUACGGGGGUGGAAGAGGGACGUCUGAUCUUUGAUAACCUGAAGAAGUCAAUUGCGUACACACUGACUAGUAACAUCCCGGAGAUCACACCUUUCCUGCUCUUCAUCAUCGCCAGUGUGCCGCUGCCUCUGGGCACCGUCACUAUCCUCUGCAUCGACCUUGGAACUGACAUGGUUCCUGCGAUCUCUCUAGCAUACGAGUCGGCAGAGAGUGACAUUAUGAAGCGUCAGCCCCGAAACCCCAAAACUGACAAGCUGGUGAAUGAGAGGCUCAUCAGCAUGGCUUACGGACAGAUCGGCAUGAUCCAGGCGCUGGGAGGAUUCUUCACCUAUUUUGUGAUCAUGGCUGAGAAUGGCUUUCUGCCACAAACGUUGCUGGGAAUUCGACUGGAUUGGGACGAUCGUGCAGUUAAUGACCUGGAGGACACCUACGGACAGCAAUGGACUUACGAGCAGCGUAAGAUCAUCGAGUUCACCUGUCACACCUCGUUCUUCACCAGCAUUGUGGUGGUGCAGUGGGCCGACCUCAUCAUCUGCAAGACACGCAGGAACUCCGUCUUCCAACAGGGCAUGAAUAAUAGGAUUCUCAUUUUCGGACUGUUUACUGAGACGGCUCUGGCAGCCUUCCUGUCCUACUGCCCUGGUAUGGACAUUGCCCUGAGGAUGUACCCACUCAAGAUUAUGUGGUGGUUCUGUGCUCUCCCAUACAGUUUACUAAUCUUUGUGUAUGAUGAAAUCCGUAAACUGAUCCUACGUAGGAAUCCAGGAGGCUGGGUGGAAAAAGAGACCUACUAUUAACAAGAAUAUGCAGUCUGCAUAACUGCUGGUGCUUGUGUCUGUUUGUGAAAGAUAUGAAGAAAGGUAAUGAGACAAAAGAAGAAUCAGACAAUCAUGUGACAUUUAUCAUGUAAGAAUGAAUGUGUACGUGCACUGGGCAUAAUCUGUUUACAUGAUGUAUCCUGAAUAUCAUUAUCCUCAAUAAGCUGAUGAUUUAAAAACCAAAACAGGUUUACUGCAGGUUUCAGGAUCAUUACAUUUCGACUGAAUUGAUGUUCAUGUGAAUUUAUAACUUUUAGGCUGGAUAUCAUUUUUCUUUUAAAGUUAAUUCAUUUGUGUGAAAUGUAGUACUAUUACAUACAUUGAAUUGACCUGGACCAAACC